UGCGUCGGGAGUCCCUCGCCAGGGGCCGGACGACGCUGGCACGUGAGAGGCGAGGCGGAGCACCAUGCAGGAUCCUAAUGAAGAUACAGAAUGGAAUGAAAUUUUAAGAGAUUUUGGCAUUCUUCCUCCAAAAGAAGAGCCAAAAGAUGAAAUUGAAGAAAUGGUUUUACGUUUACAGAAAGAAGCAAUGGUUAAACCAUAUGAAAAGAUGACUCUUGCGCAGUUGAAGGAAGCUGAAGAUGAAUUUGAUGACGAAGAUAUGCAAGCUAUUGAAAUAUACAGAGAAAAACGGUUACAGGAAUGGAAAGCUCUUAAGAAAAAACAAAAAUUUGGGGAAUUAAGAGAAAUUUCUGGAAAUCAGUAUGUGAGUGAAGUCACAAAUGCAGAAAAAGAUGUAUGGGUUAUAAUUCAUCUAUACAGAUCAAGCAUCCCAGUGUGUUUGUUGGUUAACCAGCAUCUUAGUCUCCUAGCAAGAAAGUUUCCAGAAACUAAAUUUGUUAAAGCCAUCGUGAAUAGCUGUAUUCAACACUACCAUGACAAUUGUUUACCAACAAUUUUUGUUUAUAAAAAUGGUCAGAUAGAAGGCAAAUUCAUUGGAAUUAUAGAAUGUGGAGGGAUAAAUCUCAAGCUAGAAGAACUUGAAUGGAAGCUAGCAGAAACUGGAGCAAUACAGACUGAUUUGGAAGAAAACCCCAAAAAAGACAUCGUAGAUGUGAUGGUAUCUUCAAUUAGAAACGCUUCUAUUUACGAUGACACUAAUAGUUCAAACAGUGAUAAUGAUGAUACCAAAUAG